AUGGCAGACUACAGUGAAUUCAACAACAACAAUUACCUGCCGGGGGUUUACAAUGACAUGGAAGCUGCAGCGGCAUUCAAUUAUCACUCUGCCCUGGCACACACCCGCAGCCCUGGGGUCGUACAGAACGGCUUCACUUUCACAAGCCCCACUCAGUGUAGCACCAUGGCCACUUACAGACCAGGCAUACAGACAACCAGUCCAAUCAGAAGCUUGAGUGCUCCCGGUGUUGGGGCAGCAUGGCAACAUUCUAUCCCAGUCACAAUGCCCUGGGCAGAUAUCAAGUCACCAAUCUCUCAUCUGGGCGUCGGAUCCACCGCCGUGUUUACAGGCACCCCUGCUUCGCCGUACUUUGAUGGGCAGCUAUCAUGCAGUUCUCCUCUCAGACGACCAAAGCGAAAAGCUCUAGACAUGCCGGAUGAAGCUCCAACAUCAAAGAUAUACCUGUGUGCUGAUCAGUUUGCCAACCUGAAGAUCAGUCCUAGCGAGAAAGAGAACUAUGGUUUGCCGGCUGAUGAUGGUGGACAUACAAGUGUUCAGUUUUAUUCUGGUGCCAACAUCUUAAAGUCUAAGGGUGACAUCGAGGGCUGGCAACGGUUUAGAGAUGUUGAGAACAGGUUGGAUGUGGAGGUGGAUGAAGAUAUCCAGCUGCAUACAGCCAAUACAAGCUCCAAAGAUGGCCCUUGCUUGAAAGUAGCAGAAGGAAUUCUCAACUCUGUAACCAGUUCCCCAAUAUUACCUCACAAAAUUGUGGAAGACAUGACAAAGCCCUGCAUGCAGAUAAUUCUAUGGAAAUCACCGAGUGAAAUCAUGCGUGAUGUUGCUAAAGAAGAUUUGGAAACCACCCAGCCUAGCUCCUCUUCCUCAGCAUCAUCAUCUACUUACACCACCACCCUAGCAACAUCCACCUGCAAAGUCAAAGACACCAGUGCCAUGGACAUCACUGAGAGACGUCCACUAACACCCAAGGACAAUAUGGACAUGGGUCAGGACACGCCAAUGCUAGACCCACUUCCUUAUUCCCCGUUCCAGUCGGUACCCUGUGUCGGCUCCGGCAUCCCCCCAGUGACAGAUUUUAUUACAUCACCGUUGUUGUCAGGUAUGGCACUUCCACUUGGACACCCACAAGCUAUGGGUGUUUCUCCGGCCAACAUGCCACUUCCGGAUUCAGACAUGUUCGAUGAUGAAAUGCAGUUGUGA